CUUCCCUUGAGUCAUGACCCAACCAACUGUACACCCACCAGUCCAUGAGUGAUGAGUCCAUCUAUUUUAAAACCUCAGACUUGGCUUGCGAGCCCAAAACCCGAAGCCAUGUCCUCUGUUCUUCCCGUUCUGUCUCUUUCACGAAUGGUGAGGAGUUCUUCAGUCGACACAAAGCAGAGACUGUCUUACAAUCCCCAUCGCACAUAUCCCCGAAGCUCAGGCACACUCUCUACGGCAGCGCCACCCAUCAUUUCCACCGCGAACAGCCGCCCGGAGAUAUCAAUUUCAGAUAUCCUCAGACGCGAUGCCCCCACUUCGAGUCACGGGAAAUUACCUGAAACGUAUCUUGGGUUUGAGACAUGGUUGCCGAAUCCGCCAAAAGUGGAGAAGCCUCGGUCAGUUUUCAAUGCAGCAUCUCUAGCUUAUAUUGGAGAUAGCAUUUUCGAGAUAUAUGCCCGAAGGCACUUUUUAUUCCCACCAUUGAACAUUGAAGAACACAAUGAUCGUGUGAUGGCAGUAGUUCGUUGUGAGACUCAAAGUGCCAUGUUGCAAAAACUUAUCAAUGACAAUUCCUUAUCAGAAGAAGAAAGGGAAGUGCUUCGCUGGGGAAAAAAUGUUGGUUCUGGGAAAACAAAGACUAAAAAACGUGCUGGCGUUGCUAUUUACAACAAAGCAUCAUCACUUGAAACCCUUAUUGGUUACCUAUACCUGACUAAUAAGAUGCGGCUAGAAGAGAUCAUGCUUAAGUUGGGUUUCUGUACCGGAGCUUCAUCUGAACUUAUUGUGAAGAGCAGACACGGGAAAGGGGAAUAGCGCUAAGGAAAGCUAUUUUCAUAUGGUAAUUUUUCUCGGCGAUUACUGGAGUUUGUGGGUGAUGGAUCGACGCAGGUGACCUGACAACAGGCAAAAUAAGUAUUGAAACCAAGUCAAAUACACAGUGAACUUCUAGUUUUUUCACCAUUUCUCUUCAGUCUUGUUCUUGUUAUUCUUCCUCUCUCUUGUCUUCUUGAUUUGAUUUGUUCAGUCACACCCAUCUAAAAAAUGAAGUGACUUUUUUUACUUCUUUAAGUUGCAUUUUUUUUAGAUCAUGUGGUUCAAUGGAGCUUGUUCAACUUAGAGGAUCCAAUUGCUAGCUAACUUGUGAAAAUUUGAAGGACUUACUUGACUCUUUUUCCAUAAUUGUACUCCGUAUAAUAUUAAAUUUCACAUUGCAUAUUAUUUGAAAUGGAGAUUUCACAGGUUUAGAGAACGAUAGUCAUGAAGUAUCAUCAUGAUGAAUUGCGGUAAGACAUACAGAUUGCGGUGGUACAUCAUGAAGCAGGGUUAGCAGGCGUAGUAUAUGUAGACAACCACAUUGUCUGUUGAGAUUAGAAAGGUUUUUAUCUUACAGCUUGAUGACAAUUACAUUCGCGUAUUUUUGUAAUUUUCAUGGAAGAAUAUUCAUUUCGUAGUUAUGUUUUUUGUCAUUUAGAUUCGAGUAAAGAUUCAGUUUGGUCCUCGAAGUUGCAAAAAAGGGGUCAAAUAAGUCCUUAUAUAGAAGAUUUUGUCCGGACGUGCCAUUUGAGGUGGCUCCCGGUGGAAUUUUUUGAUAAAUUUUUUUGACCAUCUUAUUCAUUAAGUCUAGUUCACUCAUACCAAAUUUCAGCUAAAAAUUCAAUCGGGAAGACAUUCAAAUGAAUUCUUGAAGAUAACUGUGCUUUUAACGGCACAAUUAUCUUCAAAAUUCAUUUGAAUGUCUUCCCGAUUGAUUUUUUAUCUGAAAUUUGGUAUGAGUGAACUAGACUUAAUGAAUAAUAUGUUCAAAAACUUUCAUCAAAAAAUUUCACCGGGAGCCACCUCAAAUGACACGUCCGAACAUAAUCUUCUAUAUAAGGACUUAUUUGACCCCUUUUUUGCAACUUCGAGGACUAAACUGACCCUUAUCCCAUUUAGAUUCUAUUCGGUGUUCAUAUAAUACUCUCUCCAUCUUGAAAAUAA